AUGGAUAGUGGUAACGAGACCACCAUUAUCCAACCUUCUUUAAAAUUAGCGGCGGAAGGUGAUGUGAAGGAUUACAUUGUGCAAAAUGUGUCGUCGCUUUUCGCUCUGUCAGCCACUGAAGUCGCUGCUCUUGACAUGGAAUUGCAGAAUCAUGUGAAAUUUCUCGGCGAAUUCAUUAGCGAAGCCGACAAAAACGUUCUUGUCGUUGAUAGAGUCGUUACGAGAGAGCAAGGAGAUCAGCAGCAAGGUGCUGAAAGUGGUGAAGAAUCUACUGCGACGAGUUUCAAUGUUCAUGAUGGUUUAUUUGUGGCGGAUCGCGGAAUGGCAGCCGUCUUCUUGAAGCACAGAAAUGCAAUUGAAGGCGAUAAGACGAUUGCUUCACAAGUUAUCACUUUCACAAUCAACGGCGGAAGUGCAUGCGAAAUGCUUCAUUUGAUGAUGAGUCGAUUCGUGAAUCCCUACUUCAAAUCAUUCAUUAACCAAUCAGGACGAGGUGAACGCGAUGGUGACAAGCUUGCGCCGACUGUUCAAAAGAGUUUCACAGAAGCUGAAGCCGCACUAUUGCAUUUGCAGCAUAAUAUUGACAUUCCUGAAAUUAAUUUAGUUAUUAACCCGCAUAUUGCGGCUGCUAUUGAAAAAGCUUCAAAAGAAGGAAGAAGAGCCAAAAUUGAAGAUCUUGGAGAUUUAGUCGAAGAUUCGACGUUUUUGAAUUCUCUCCAAGCCGGAUGCAACCGUUGGGUGAAGGAAAUUCGAAAAGUUACCCAAUUGGAAAGAGAUGCUAGCUCCGGAACUUCUCUCCAGGAAAUGACGUUUUGGUUGAAUCUUGAACGAGCAUUGCAAAAGAUUUUACAAAAAAGGGAAUCUGAAGAGGUUACAUUAACCCUUGAAGCCCUAAAAUGCGGAAAACGAUUCCAUGCGACUGUCGGAUUUGACAGUGACACGGGUCUCAAACAGAAAUUGGCAGUUGUUGCCGAUUACAACACUUUGAUGAAAGAUUUUCCAUUGAAUGAGCUGGUUUCUGCCGCCGAUGUUCCAAAACUCCAGCAGGCGAUUCUAGGAAUUUUUGUACAUUUGAAGAAGCUCAGAUCGACGAAAUACCCGCUUCAACGAGCUCUUCGACUUGUCGAGGCGAUUUCGAGAGAUUUGAACUCGCAGCUUCUCAAAGUGCUCUCAUCACUUCGCCUCAUGCACAUUCCGAUUGGCGAAUUCAAUGAGAUCAUGUCGCAAUGCUCAGCAUUGUUCGGAAAAUGGGAUGACGAAUACGAUAAAUUCAUUGCAUUGCUUCGUGAUAUAAACAAGAAGAAGCGUGAUGAUCCAGCGAAAUUAUCGUGGAAGGUGAAUGCGGUGCACAAAAGACUUGAGCAGCGUCUUACUCAAAUCGCGCAAUUCAGAAAGCAACACGAACAAUUCCGAACUGUGAUUGAACGUGUUUUACGACCAGUUGGAACUCCAUCGUCACGAAUUAAGGAUGACUUCUUAAUGAGCGAGUCGAUGGACAACGAAAAAUCUCCUGAUGAGCAGGUCGAUAUUGCCUAUGAACACCUGAAGAAUGUCGAAUUCCUUGAUGUUGAUAGCAAUGCCUGGGAGCUCGCUUAUCGCAAAUACGAGGAUCAGAUUGGUAUCGUCGAAACUGCGAUCACAAGCCAUUUGAAGUGUCAACUGGAAUCGUCAAAGAACUCGAAUGAAAUGUUCUCAAUCUUCAGUCGAUAUAAUGCUUUAUUCAUUCGUCCACGUAUUCGUGGUGCCAUUUAUGAAUAUCAAACAAGACUUAUCAAUCGUGUCAAGGACGACAUCAAUCAGCUGCAGGAAAGAUUCACAAAAGCGCGUGGAGAGAAGCGCGUUAAAAUCAUGCAGACGAGCGGAAUUCCACCGUUCUCAGCCAAAAUAAUUUGGAUCAAACAAUUCGAGCGUCAACUUCAGCUCUAUAUGAAGCGUGUUGAGGAUGUUCUUGGAAAACAAUGGGAAAAUCAUGUUGAUGGGCGUCAACUUAAAGCUGACGGCGAUAAUUUCAAGGCGAAACUCAACACUCAACCAAUGUUCGACGAAUGGGUAGAAAAAGUGCAGGCACAAAACUAUCAGUUGCCGUCGAAAAUUAUGUUGGUUGAAAGAGUCCAGGUCGAUGGAAAAGUGAAGCUUCAAUUGAAGGUCAACUAUCAUCCAGACAGUUUCAUGCUUUACAAAGAGGUCACCCAUUUGAAAUUGAUGGGAUUCCGUGUUCCUUUGAGAAUAGUGAACGCUACUCAUCAAGCUUAUCAAAUGUACCCAUCAGCAACAGCUCUCAUUGAAGCCAUCCGAACGUUUGACGCCGUUAACUCUGCUCUUGCUUCCGUUAAGGGUGUUGAUUCGUUGUUGGCUAGCUAUAAGAAAGAUAUACAACAACAAUUGCUAGAAGGUGCUGCACUGACAUGGGAUUCAUACAAGAUUGAACAAUAUCAAUUGCGCCUCACUGAAACAGUUAAUGCAUACCAAGAACGCGAAGAAGAAUUGUUGAAUGUUGUGAGGAAGUUGAAUGCAGACAUGAAUGCACUCAAGACUUGCCAUUACGAUCAUGCGACGUUCGAGAAUUUGCUCAGCUCUAUUCAGAAGGGCGUUGAUCAGCUUUCGCUUGGAAACUAUUCGAAUCUGACACAGUGGGUGAACAAAUUGGAUAAGGAUAUUGAAACGAUUCUUGCUGUUCGCGUUGAAGAAGCUAUUCGAAUUUGGACACUAGUCUUCUCAAAGUCCGAGGAAGUCGAGGAGCUUCGCGAACGUCAAAUCGCACUUCCACAGGUCAAAAGUGUUGUUGUUGAGCUCUGUAUGACUGCGCAGACCUUGUACAUCAGCCCUAGUUCGCAAGACACUCGCGAAAAGAUUUUGGAACAGUUCUAUUAUUGGCUAAGCAUGUGUACUGCACAACGUCGAAUAACCGGAAAUCGAUUCCAGAUGGGAAUGAAUGAUGUCGCCGAACCAGAAACGUACAAGAACGUUUUGAAUUUGAUGCCUGAUGGACUGAAUUCGCUCAACAAGGCUUAUGAUUGUGUGACUGGUAUCAUGUCGGACAUGGAAGAAUACCUUGCUGAAUGGCUCAACUACCAAUCACUUUGGAUUUUGCAAGCUGAACAAUUGUUUGAGAUGCUCGGAACGAACCUCUCGAAAUGGAUUAAAACUCUCAUGGAGUUGCGAAAAGGAAGGCUUGUGUUCGACACUCUGGAAACGCGUAAAGCAAUCUUCCCAGUUGUUAUCGAAUAUGGCAAAGUCCAAUCGAAGAUUUUGUUCAAAUAUGACUGUUGGCACAAAGAAAUGCUUGUCAAAUUCGGAUCUGUUGUAGCUGAGGAAAUGCAAAAGUUCUACAACUGCGUCAGCAAGUGGCGCAACACCUUGGAAACGCAAUCAGUUGAUGGCGGUUCGACAUCAGACACAAUUGGGCUCAUCUCGUUCGUACAAUCGCUGAAGAAACAAACAAAGAUUGGACAAGAAGCUGUUGACCUCUACAUUUCGUCUCAAAGAUUGUUGAAUCAGCAACGCUAUCAAUUCCCUUCGAACUGGCUUUAUUCGGAAAAUGUUGCCGGUGAAUGGUCGGCGUUUGUCGAGAUACUUGGUCUUCGCGAUGCUUCCAUUCAAACACAGAUGGCUAACUUGCAAAGCAAAUUCGCACAAGAAGAUGAACUUGUCGAGAAAAGAACAUUGGAGACGUUGACAGAAUGGAACAAGAACAAACCAGUUGAAGGUUCUCAGAGGCCACAAGACGCGAUGAAUGUGAUAAUGGCAUUCGAGGCGAAAUUGAAUAAGUUGACAGAGGAGAGAAACAAGAUGCGCAAAGCUCGUGUUGCUUUGGAUCUUUCCGACAGUGCCCAUGCUCCAUCAGAGCGUGACAAGCUUUCCGUGGCCGCUGAAGAAUUGGCUGAUAUGAAAGAAGUGUGGAAGGCUUUGCAGCCAGUUUAUGCUGGAAUCGACGAGGCGAAAGAGAAGGCUUGGUUGUCUGUGCAGCCGAGGAAGAUUCGACAAUCUUUGGAUGAGCUUAUGAAUCAAUUGAAGCAGCUUCCUGUUAAAUGCCGUACUUACAAGAGCUACGAACACGUGAAAGAGAUGCUUCACACUUAUGGAAAGAUGAAUAUGCUUGUUGCCGAAUUGAAGUCUGAAGCGUUGAAAGAGCGACAUUGGAAUCAAAUGAUGAAAGAGAUGCGUGUCAACUGGAAUCUGUCGGAUUUGACACUUGGACAAGUCUGGGAUGCUGACAUUCUUCGUCACGAGAACACAAUUAAAAAGAUUUUACUUGUCGCCCAAGGAGAAAUGGCUUUGGAGGAGUUUUUGAGAGAAAUGCGCGAAUACUGGCAAUCCUACGAGGUCGAACUUGUCAAUUAUCAGAAUAAGACUCGAUUGAUCAAAGGAUGGGACGAUCUCUUCAACAAACUUAAGGAACAUCAGAACUCAUUGUCAGCGAUGAAGCUGUCACCGUACUACAAACAAUUCGAAGAGAGCGCACAAUCAUGGGAUGAGAAAUUAAACAAGAUCAAUGCGAUGUUCGAUGUAUGGAUUGAUGUUCAACGUAGAUGGGUGUAUCUCGAAGGAUUGUUCUCGGGAUCGGCAGAAAUCGCAACACUGCUUCCAUUCGAAAGCUCCCGUUUCGCCACGAUCACUUCCGAUGUUCUGGCUUUGAUGAAAAAAGUCGCAGCUUCGCCAAGAAUUCUUGAUGUCGUCAACAUGCAAGGAGCUCAACGUCUACUUGAGCGUCUCGCUGACAUGCUUGCGAAGAUCCAGAAAGCUCUCGGAGAAUAUUUGGAACGUGAACGGUCAUCUUUCCCGCGUUUCUACUUUGUCGGAGACGAAGAUUUGCUGGAAAUCAUGGGAAAUAGCAAAGACAUCACGAGAAUUCAGAAGCAUUUGAAGAAAAUGUUUGCUGGAAUCACUGCAAUCGAUAUCAACGAAGAGGAUAGAACGAUUACUGCAUUCCACAGUCGGGAAGGUGAAAAGGUUGAUUUGGUGAAGGUCGUGGCAACAAAGGAUGUUCGCAUCAACGAUUGGCUCCAGGCUCUUGAAUCCGAAAUGAAGCAUUCUUUGGCUCGACAGCUGGCUUCUUCAUUGGCCCAUUUCUCGAAAAUGGACGUUGAAACGAUAACACCAGACUCCUACAUUGAAUGGUUGGACAAAUAUCCGACACAAGUCAUAACGUUGACUGCAGAGAUCUGGUGGUGCGACGAAAUGGAGAAGACGUUGGCCGAUGGAAAAGGCGCGGAAAACGUCGAGAAAUCGGUAUCGAAGACAUUGGAGCUGUUGGCAGACAGUGUUCUUCGUGAGCAACCACCAAUCAGACGAAAGAAGAUGGAGGCGUUGAUCACUGAGCUCGUUCACAAACGCGAUACCUGCAGAAAAUUGUUGGCGAUGAAAAUUCGAGCUGCGAAUGACUUUGGAUGGUUGCAAUGCAUGCGCUUCUACUUUGAUCCCAAACAGGUCGAUCCAGUGCGAUGUUGUGUUGUGAAAAUGGCGAAUGCUCAAUUCUACUAUGGCUUCGAAUAUCUCGGAAUUCAAGAAAGACUUGUUCGCACACCACUUACCGAUCGUUGCUAUUUGACUAUGACUCAAGCUUUGCACUCGCGUCUCGGAGGAUCGCCCUUCGGACCGGCUGGUACCGGUAAGACUGAAUCUGUGAAGGCGCUUGGACACCAGCUCGGACGAUUCGUACUUGUUUUCAAUUGUGACGAAACAUUUGACUUCCAAGCCAUGGGACGUAUCCUUGUUGGAUUGUGCCAGGUCGGCGCUUGGGGAUGCUUCGAUGAAUUUAAUCGUCUCGAAGAACGUAUGCUGUCAGCUGUCUCGCAACAAAUUCAGACGAUCCAAGAAGCAGUUCGUGCCGGAGGAGAUAUGAGCGUUGAUUUGGUGGGAAAACGACUAAAUGUCAACCAGAACAUCGGAAUCUUCAUAACAAUGAAUCCUGGAUACUCUGGACGUUCAAACCUUCCGGACAAUCUCAAACAAUUGUUCAGAAGUUUGGCGAUGACUCAACCCGACCGUCAACUCAUUGCUCAAGUCAUGCUCUUCUCACAAGGAUUCCGAACAGCCGAAACAUUGGCUAACAAGAUUGUUCCGCUCUUUAUUCUUUGCAAAGAGCAGCUUUCCGCCCAAUGUCACUACGAUUUCGGUCUUCGUGCAUUAAAAUAUGUGCUGGUUUCGGCUGGAAACAUCAAACGUGACAAACUCGACAAAGUAGGAUCUGCUGCUCUCGAAGACAUCGCAGAACAACAAAUGCUCAUCCAAUCGGUGUGCGAGACAUUGGUUCCAAAACUCGUCAAUGAAGAUAUCGCUUUGUUGUUCUCACUCCUCUCUGAUGUCUUCCCAGGAAUUCACUACACACCAAACCAAAUGGCAGAACUUCGCCAACAAAUCGCUUCAGUUUGCGACGAACAUCUUUUGGUUUAUUCCGACAUGCAAGGCGAGAUGGGAUCAAUGUGGCUUGAUAAGGUGCUCCAGCUCUACCAAAUCACCAAUCUUAAUCAUGGAUUGAUGCUGGUUGGAUCAAGUGGAAGCGGAAAGACGAUGGCAUGGAAAGUGUUAUUGAAGGCUCUUGAAAAAUGGGAAAACAUUGAAGGUGUUUCACAUGUGAUUGAUGCUAAAGCUAUGAGCAAAGAUUCGCUUUAUGGUGUGAUGGAUCCGAAUACAAGAGAAUGGACCGAUGGAUUAUUCACGUCGAUUAUUAGAAAGAUCAUAGAUAAUGUUCGUGGAGAGGCCGAUCGUAGACAAUGGAUCAUCUUUGAUGGAGAUGUUGAUCCGGAAUGGGUUGAAAACUUGAAUUCAGUUCUCGAUGACAACAAACUUCUCACUUUGCCGAACGGAGAGCGUUUGUCGAUUCCGCCGAACGUUCGCAUUAUCUUUGAGGUUGCUGAUUUACAAUACGCUACGCUUGCUACUGUUUCACGUUGUGGAAUGGUUUGGUUCAGCGAAGAAGUCGUCACAUCGGAGAUGUUGUUCGAGCGCUACUUGGCCAUGGUUAGACGAGUUCCAUUGGAUUCGGAAACUGCCGUCAGCUUCUCUUCCUCAAAUGCACCAGUCAAUUUGAUAGCCGAAGAUGCCAAGCCAACCAGGACGAUUGAAAUUCAACGUGCUGCUGCUUCAGCUAUUCAAACUCACUUCUCUCCUGAUGGAUUGGUUCCGGCUGCUCUCAAGUAUGCUGUCACGGAACUCGAACAUAUUAUGCCACCAACACCGCAACGUCUUCUUUCUUCGUUCUUCGCAAUGAUGUCAUACUCCAUUCGCAAGAUGAUUUCUCACGAUGAAGGUCUUAUCGACGAUUCGGUGGAACCAGAGCAGAUUCAAAAUUACAUGCUUCGGUCCAUGCUCACCAAUAUGGUUUGGGCAUUCAGUGGUGACGGAAAAUGGAAAUCUCGUGAGAUGAUGAGCGCAUUUAUUCGCCAGACGACCACGAUUUCGCUUCCACCGAACAACCAAGCAUGUUUGAUCGACUAUGAAGUUCAACUCGAUGGAGAAUGGCAACCGUGGCUCUCGAAGGUGCCAACUAUGGAAAUUGAAUCUCAUCGCGUUGCUGCUGCGGAUCUUGUCGUUCCAACCAUCGACACAGUUCGUCACGAAAUGCUUCUUGCUGCUUGGCUUGCUGAGCACAAGCCAUUAGUGCUUUGCGGUCCACCCGGAUCCGGUAAGACAAUGACUUUGUUGGCUGCGCUUCGCUCGCAAAAUGAAAUGGAUGUGGUUAAUGUCAACUUCUCAUCAUCAACAACUCCUGAACUUCUUCUCCGAACAUUUGAUCAUUAUUGCGAAUAUAGACGUACUCCAAACGGAGUUGUUUUGGCACCAGUCCAAAUGUCGCAGUGGCUUGUCAUCUUCUGUGAUGAGAUCAACUUGCCGUCUCCUGACAAAUAUGGAACGCAGCGAGUGAUCAGCUUCCUUCGUCAACUUGUUGAAUUGAACGGAUUCUAUCGCACAUCUGAUCAUAGCUGGGUGACGUUAGAGCGAAUUCAAUUCGUUGGUGCAUGCAACCCUCCGACCGAUCCAGGACGUCAUCCGAUGACUUCAAGAUUCCUCCGUCACGUUCCAAUUGUGUACGUCGACUAUCCAGGACAGACUUCGUUGGUGCAGAUCUACGGAACAUUCAAUCGUGCUAUGCUCAAGAUGACACCUGCUGUGAGAUCACUUGCCGACCAAUUGACCGGUGCAAUGGUGGAUGUCUACUUGGCAAGUCAGGAACACUUCACACAAGACGAUCAACCACACUACGUCUAUUCUCCUCGUGAGUUGACUAGAUGGGUGCGAGGAAUCAGUGAAGCGAUCACACCACUUGAAUCGCUCACAGCGGAACAGCUUGUUCGACUAUGGGCUCAUGAAGCCAUCAGAUUGUUCCAAGAUCGAUUGGUUACUGAAGAAGAGCGUUUGUGGACUGAUAAGCUUGUUGAUUCAACCGCGGAGAAAUAUUUUGGAAACGCGUGCCGUUUGGAAGACGCCCUCCAACGACCACUGCUCUACUCAUGCUGGAUGUCGAAGAACUACGUUCCUGUCAGCCGGGAAGAACUUCAAGAAUACGUUUCUGCUCGUCUCAAAGGAUUUUACGAAGAAGAGCUUGACGUCAAACUCGUUUUGUUCGAUCAAAUGCUUGAUCAUGUGUUGAGAAUCGACAGAAUCUAUCGACAAUCACAAGGUCAUUUGCUUCUCAUUGGAACUGCUGGUGCUGGAAAAACGACACUGUCAAGAUUUGUUGCUUGGCUGAACGGAUUGAGUGUCUUCCAACUUAAAGUUCACUCGAAGUACACUGCUGCUGAUUUUGAUGAAGACAUGCGAACCGUUUUGCGUCGCGCAGGUUGUCGCAACGAAAAGCUCUGUUUCAUUAUGGAUGAGUCGAACAUGUUGGACACUGGAUUCCUCGAGAGAUUGAACACCCUCUUGGCGAACGGUGAAGUUCCUGGAUUAUUCGAAGGAGAUGAGCAUACCACGCUGAUGACUCAAAUCAAGGAAGGAGCUCAACGUCAAGGUCUGAUUCUGGAUAGUCACGACGAAUUGUAUAAAUGGUUCACGCAACAAGUAAUGCGAAACCUUCACGUCGUUUUCACUAUGAAUCCAUCUGGAAGUGGAUUACGUGAACGAGCUUCAACUUCGCCAGCUUUGUUCAAUCGUUGCGUUCUCAAUUGGUUCGGAGACUGGUCUGAUAAUGCGCUUUACCAGGUCGGAUCUGAGCUUACAAGAACUAUGGAUAUGGAUCGCACUGAUUACGAAGGAUCUGUACGAAUGGUUCCGUCAUGUGAACUUGUUCCAAAAGAGCCCACUUAUCGCGAUGCCGUUGUUAACACGUUGGUGUUGGCCCACAAGACGGUUAAGAAGUUCAAUGAAGUCGAACAGAAGAAGGGACAUCGUGUGAUGGCUGUUACGCCGCGGCACUUCCUUGACUUCAUCGAACAGUUUAUGACGUUGUUCCAUGAGAAACGAUCCGAUUUGGAAGAAGAAAAGAUUCACUUGAACAUUGGAUUGAACAAGAUCAGUGAAACUGAGGAGCAAGUCAAGGAAUUACAGAAGAGUUUGCACUUGAAGAGCAAGGAGCUUGAGGAGAAGAAAGAAGCAGCCAAUUUGAAAUUGAAGGAGAUGUUGGCCGAUCAGCAAAAGGCCGAAGAAGAGAAACGUCUUUCUGAACAAUUGCAGAAGGAACUUGCUGAACAACUCUCGCAGAUGGCUACGAAGAAGACUGUUGUGGAAAGCGAUUUGGCACAAGUCGAACCAGCAGUCGCUGAAGCUCAGACAGCGGUUCAAGGAAUCAAGAAGAACCAAUUGGUUGAGGUCAAGUCGAUGUCAAGUCCGCCGGUUGUUGUGAAACUCACUUUGGAAGCAAUCUGCAUUUUGUUGGGAGAGAACGUUGGAACCGAUUGGAAGGCGAUUCGUCAAGUUAUGAUGAAGGAAGAUUUCAUGUCGAGAAUCCUGCAGUUUGAUACCGAAAGCAUAACGCCGUCUAUUCUUAAGGAAAUGGAGAAGUACAUUCAGAAUCCGGAUUGGGAAUUCGAAAAAGUCAAUCGUGCCUCUGUUGCUUGUGGACCUAUGGUGAAAUGGGCUCGCGCUCAACUUCUCUAUUCGACAAUGCUUCACAAGGUCGAACCAUUGCGAAAUGAAUUGAAGCGCCUUGAGAAAGAAGCUGCAAAGAAGACUGAAGAAGGAAAAGUGGUUGAUGUCAGAAUAACGGAGCUUGAAGGGAAGAUUGCCAAAUACAAAGAAGAAUACGCUCAGCUUAUCGGACAGGCCGAAAAGAUCAAACAGGAUUUGUCAUCGGUGCAGGAGAAGGUCAAUCGUUCCACAGAACUUCUGUCUUCGCUCAGAUCAGAGAGAGAUCGUUGGUCGAGUGGAAGUGCCGGAUUCUCGCAACAAAUGGAUUCGCUUGUUGGAGAUGCUCUUAUGUCAGCAGCAUUCCUUGCUUACGCUGGAUACUAUGAUCAAAUGCUUCGUGAUGAGAUCUUCCACAAAUGGUUCAGCCACGUGUGCGAUGCUGGAGUUCACUUCAGGCACGAUCUUGCUAGAAUUGAAUACCUUUCGACAGUCGAUGAUCGUCUACAAUGGCAACUCAAUUCACUUCCAGUUGACGAUUUGUGCACUGAGAAUGCGAUUAUGCUCCACAGGUUCAACCGCUAUCCGUUGAUUAUCGACCCAUCUGGACAAGCCAUCGAAUAUAUCAUGAAGCAAUUCGCCGACAAGAACAUCCAGAAGACUUCGUUCCUUGAUGAAUCAUUCAGAAAAAAUUUGGAAUCUGCUCUUCGAUUCGGAAACGCUCUUCUCGUACAAGAUGUUGAAGCCUACGAUCCUAUUUUGAAUCCAGUACUUAAUCGGGAGGUUAAGAGAGCUGGUGGGCGUGUUUUGAUCACUAUUGGAGACCAGGAUAUCGAUUUGUCGCCAUCGUUCCAGAUCUUCAUGAUUACUCGAGAUUCAACGGUUGAAUUCUCUCCGGAUAUUUGCUCUCGUGUGACAUUCGUCAACUUCACAGUUACCUCGUCUUCGUUGGCUAGUCAAUGUCUCAACCAAGUUCUUCGCAGCGAACGGCCAGAUGUUGACAAGAAGAGAAGUGACUUACUCAAACUUCAGGGAGAAUUUGCGGUUCGGCUUCGCCAUCUUGAAAAGGCGUUGUUGGCUGCAUUGAACGAGAGCAAAGGAAAAAUUUUGGAUGAUAACUCGGUCAUUGAGACACUUGAAAAACUUAAAACAGAAGCUGCUGAAGUUGCCCAAAAAUCGGCGGAAACCGACAAAGUUAUGGCCGAAGUGGAUGCAGUUUCUGCUCAAUACCAGAGACUCGCCAAUGCUUGUUCGCACAUCUACCACACAUUGCAACAGCUCAACGAAAUUCACUUCCUUUACCACUAUUCUCUCGACUUUCUUGUCGAAAUCUUCACUUAUGUUCUCAAGUCGCCCGAAUUGGCUCAAAUCAGUGAUUAUGCCAAACGGUUGCGCAUUAUUACCGCCAACCUAUUCCAGACUGUGUACCGAAGAGUAUCUCGUGGAAUGCUUCACACUGAUAAGGUUCUUCUCGCCUUAUUGCUCAUGAGAAUUCACAUUCGAUCGAAUCCAGCGCAUCCAGCGUACGAGCAACAUUUCGAUGUCCUCCUUGGUAGAAGUGAUUUAGUAGCCAAGAGUGAUGAAGCUGAAGCUGUCAUUCCAACCGGAAUCGAUUUCAUUCCUGUCGAGAACCAGAAGGCUUUGAACAAACUGCGAAAGGUCGAUGGAUUCGAGAAUGUAUUUGGACUUGUGAAGAAUCUCGAAGCUCAAAUUGUACCAUGGAUGAAUAAUGACAAUCCGGAGUCGAAUGUUCCAGUUCUUUGGUCAGAUUCUGAAGGAAAAUUGACGCCCCUCUGCAUUUCAAUGAACGAACUUCUUGUCAUUCACGCUCUUCGUCCCGAUCGUCUUUUGGCUUCUGCUCAUCGUGUCGUUUCCGCCGCAUUCGAUGACAACUUCAUGCAACAAGACAAAGUUGUCGACAUUCUGUCCAUUGUUGACGGAGAGGUGUCACCAUCGGAACCAGUUCUUCUGUGCUCUGCUACUGGUUACGACGCAUCUGGAAGGAUUGAGGAUCUUGCUGUUGAGACAAAUCGCCAGAUCACUUCCAUUGCUAUUGGAUCUGCUGAAGGAUUCAGUCAGGCUGAUUCGGCUCUUGGAACCGCUACAAAAUCUGGAAGAUGGGUGCUUCUCAAGAACGUCCACUUGGCGCCAUCUUGGUUGGCACAGCUUGAGAAACGAUUGCAUUCCAUGAAACCUCAUGCUCAAUUCCGUCUCUUCCUGACUGCCGAGAUUCAUCCGAAAUUACCAUCGUCGAUUCUUCGCGCUUCUCGUGUUGUGGUCUUCGAACCAGCUACUGGUCUCAAGGCGAAUUUGCUCAGAUCGCUCUCAUCGAUUCCAGCGCAAAGACUUACGAAAGCACCAAUGGAAAGAAGUCGAUUGUAUCUUUUGGUUUGCUGGCUCCAUGCUCUUGUCCAAGAAAGAUUACGCUACACUCCGCUUGGAUGGUCGACUGCGUAUGAAUUCUCCGAUGCUGAUCUUCGUGUUGCUUGCGACACACUGGACGCAGCUGUUGACGCAGUUGCUCAAGGACGUCCAAAUGUUGAACCGGAACGACUACCAUGGACAACACUUCGAACUCUUUUGAGUCAAUGCAUCUAUGGUGGAAAGAUUGACAAUCAAUUUGAUCAAGUUCUUCUUGACUGCGUUCUUACGAACUUGUUCACAUCGAAGAGUUUCGAGCAGAAUCAUGUGCUCAUCGCAAAAUAUGACGGCGACACGCCGCUGUACACUCCAAACAUGUCGAAGAAGGACCAAAUGGUUGGUUGGGUCGAGGAAUUGAAGAAUGAACAACUUCCUGCUUGGCUCGGUUUACCAAACAAUGCUGAGAAGGUGUUGCUAACAAAACGCGGAGAAUCGAUGCUCCGUAACAUGCUCAAGGUGACCGACGAAGAAUUGGCAUUCAGCCAAGACGGAGAAGAAGCAGCAAAACCACAAUGGAUGGCUCAAUUGGGCGAACUCGCUAAACAAUGGUUGCAUUUGUUGCCAAAGGAAAUUCAGAAGAUGAGAAGAACUGUUGAGAACAUCAAGGAUCCGUUGUUCAGAUUCUUCGAGAGAGAAGUGAAUUUGGGAGCUCAAUUAUUGAAAGAUAUUCGUCGUGAUUUGAAUGAGAUCAGUGCUGUUUGUCGUGGUGAACAGAAGCAGAACAACGAGACUCGUGCGCUCGCUGCAAGUCUUCAGAAGGCUGAAGUUCCAGCUGGAUGGAAGAGAUACACUGUGCCACGAGAUGUUACUGUUAUGGACUGGAUGAUGGAUUUGAAUGAGAGAAUCAAGCAAUUGAUCCGAAUUUCUACUUCUGAUAACAUGAAGAAAGAAAUUAUUUGGCUCGGAGGAACAUUCUCACCGGAAGCGUAUGUGACAGCCACUCGCCAACAGGUUGCUCAAGCGAACACUUGGUCUUUGGAGCAGCUAAACUUGCAUAUUCAUAUUGGAAAAACUGACAAUACCGAUGUAUUCAGAAUUUCGGGCAUUGAUAUUCGUGGUGCUAAAUCGACAAAUGGAAAUCAUUUGGAAUUGUGCGAAUCGGUGAAGAGUUCGUGCGAUUGCGUCGAAUUUAGCUGGAAACAGGAAUCGGCCGAUGGAACCCGUCUGCCACUCUACCUGUACGGAGAUCGCCGUCAACUCAUCUCGCCGCUCGCGUUCCAAGUUUCAUCGGCUACCGUAUUCUACCAGCGAGGUGUCGCCCUGGUGGCCAACUCGUCGCUCUAG